AUGGGUAGACUGGAGAGAGAAGCACUGCUGAAGGAAGCCUUGGGAAAAGAAUUUAAAAUAACCAUCCCCAGGAGUGACAUACUUGCAAUGAAGGCAGACCUUGGAGAAACAUGGUACAAAGUUAGGAAGCCUAGGAGGUAAGAUUUAAAUAAUGAAUCCAGCCCCCAGAAAUCCACACAACAUUUGAGUAAAAAUUAUUUUUUGUCUCCUAUUAUUAAUUUGAUUAUUUCCUGAAUUCCUUUGACCUGUGUAAACUACAUAAUAUUCCAAUUGAAUGUAAAAUAAUGUAGCAACAAUAAGUAAUAACAAAGUCAAUUUCCACCUAGUUUUUUACAUUAUAAUAAUAUUGUCCUGAAUUGUCUCCCUGCAGGUGGUUUGAUCAAUGGGGACUGUCCUCUGAGAGUGAGAAACACCAGCGGAAGCUAGUCCAGUCCAUCACUGACCAUGCCAACUUGGUGUGUGAGAUGGUGCCUUUUGAGUUCAAAAAACCUGGCUGCAACCCUGAGAUCAAACAAGCAGAGUUUGGUUAUGUUGCUGACCUUAACCAAUUUGUACAACUUCAUUUGGAUGAAAAUGAAAAGUAUAAUUCUUUGACUUUUUAUACUGUUAUGAAUGUUACUGUAGCAGCAAUGUCAAUCAUUGUAAAUGUAAAGUAGGCUUUUGGCACUGCCUCUUGCAAGAAUUAUCGCUUUCAAUUAAACAACAGACUCUUUAUUUUAGGAAUGGACGCUUGACAUGGAAUAAUGCCAUCCCAGAACAGCAAGUCCACUUAAAACUUGGAGGUGAUGCUGGUGGUGGGUCCUUUAAAAUGGCUUUUCAGAUUGCCAACCUUCAACAUCCAAACUCAAAAACAAAUACAGUGGUUUUUGCCAUGUUCCACGGAAAAGAUACAUGGACAAAUUUAAAAACAGCAUUAAUGAAAUACAGGGAGCAAGUAAACAUCCUAAAGGAAGCUAUUUGGAGGUUGGUACAUACACUGUAAAUGUACUAUAGAUUCCUUAUAAACCAUACAGGAUAAAACCUCCACACUGAGUGAGGUAUCCUGCUGAAAUUCUGCAAUAAUUUUUUUUACUUAUUUUUAGAGGCAAAAAGCAAAUAGUUUUCCUCUUUGGUGACUACGAGUUUUUGUGCAAGAUAUUUGGUACAGCUGGAGCCUCAGGUAAGUUCAACUAA